AUGCUUCCCACAGUUAUAUUUUGGAUGACAGUACUUAUUUCUCAGAUUCAAGACAAGGCGAUUGUUGGGGUAGAGGGCCAGGAACUGGUUCGCCCUAAAAAGCUUCCCCUGAUAUGGAAACGGGAACUUUCACACAUCCAUGACUCCGAUAUACCGGAGGCAUAUGAAGAAGAAUUGUUGUAUGAAAUAAAAUUGGGCAGAAAAUCUUUAAUCCUUCACCUUCUGAAAGCAAGGGAAUUUCUCACCUCAAAUUACAGUGAGACAUACUACAACACAAGAGGAGAGAUGGUCACCAAGCAUCCUCAGAUCUUGGAUCACUGUUUCUACCAAGGGUCCAUCUUACAUGAAUUUGAUUCUGCAGCUAGCAUCAGCACUUGCAACGGGCUGAAGGGCUUCUUCAGGGUGAGUGACCAGCGGUACCUCAUUGAACCAGUGAAAUACUCAGAUGAGGGAGAACAUUUGGUGUUCAAAUACAACGCCAAGGCACCGUAUGCUACUGAGUAUGUCUGUGAAGGGCUCAAUUUUACCAAGAAGUCUUCACCAAUAGAUGCCAAGUAUAUAGAAGAACACAAGGUGGAAAGCUUCCACAAAGAAAAGUUUAUUGAACUGUUCGUUGUUGCUGACAACUAUGUGUACCGCAGGAACAGCAAACCCCAAAACAAGCUAAGGAAACGAAUUUGGGGAAUGGUCAAUUUUGUCAACAUGAUUUAUAAAACCUUGAACAUUCAUGUGACAUUGUCUGGCCUUGAAAUAUGGUCAGCUAGAGACAAGAUAGACAUAGCAUCAAAUCUAGAAACUACCUUAGUGCAUUUUUCAACUUGGCAAGAAACAGUUCUCAAAAAAAGGAAGGAUUUUGAUCACGUGAUUUUACUGAGUGGGAAGUGGCUUUACACACCUAUGCAAGGAAUUGCUUACCCAGAAGGAAUGUGCCAGACCCUUCAUUCAUGCAGUGUUGUUAAGGAUCUUCUGCCAGAUGUAAACAUAAUUGGGAACAGAAUGGCGCAUCAGUUGGGGCACAGCCUGGGCAUGCAGCAUGAUGACUUCCCGUGCACCUGUCCCUUGGGGAAAUGUGUGAUGAGCAGUAGUGAAAGCAUCCCUGCGAUAAAAUUCAGCAAAUGCAGCCUAAACCAAUACAAGCAGUAUCUGAGGGAUCAGAGCCCUGCAUGCCUACUCAACAACCCACUUCCUGAGGAAUCCAGUGGUUAUCCGCUCUGUGGGAACAAGAAGGUGGAUGAUGGAGAAGAGUGUGACUGUGGGCCAGUGCAGGAAUGCACUAAUCCUUGCUGUGAUGCACACAGAUGUGUCCUGAAGCCAGGAUUCACUUGUGUGGGAGGAGAGUGCUGUGAAUCUUGUCAGAUAAAGAAAGCAGGGACCAUAUGCCGACAAGCAAAAAACGAAUGUGAUUUUCCUGAAGCGUGUACUGGCCACUCCCCUGAGUGUCCUAAGGACCUGUUUCAAGCCAACGGGUUUCCUUGCAAGAAAGGAGAAGGCUACUGCUUUAUGGGGCAGUGCCCAACUCGGGGUGACCAGUGCUCAGAGCUGUUCAGUGAUGGAGCACAAGAGAGUCACAAUCUUUGCUACAGGAUGAAUAAAAAAGGCAACAGAUUUGGAUACUGCAAAAAGAGGGGAAACACAUUUGUUCCCUGUGAAGACAGCGAUCUCAAAUGCGGAAAGAUAUACUGUGUAGGAGGCCAGCGCUCGUUACUCCUUGGAGAGGAUAAAGACUAUAACCUUAAGAAUCCGAAACAGAAUGUGACCAUCAAAUGCAAAACCGUGUUUUUAUACCACAGUUCUAAGGACAUUGGCCUGGUUAACUCUGGAACAAAAUGUGGAGAGGGAAUGGUGUGCAGCAAUGGCGACUGUGUACACAUGGAGGAGGCCUACAAUUCAACCAGCUGCUCCUCCCAGUGUGAUGAAAGUGCUGUGGAUGACCAUGACCCUGAGUGCCACUGUGAGGAAGCACCAAUAAUUACAGACUGGGGAGAAGCCUUGAACCUUACCAGUGUCUCUAUCAUGGUGGUUGUGCUUGUCCUGCUUAUUAUUGGUGUUGGGCUUGUUGUAUUAUUAAUUCGUUACCAGAAAUGCAUCAAGAUAAAGCAAGUUCAAAGCUCUCCUAGAGAAAUAAGAGGAGUAGAGAAUAAAGGAUACUUUCCUGAUGAGCAUCACACAAGGAGCGAUCCGAUCUUGACAGAUAUCCAUCCCCUACAGAGUACAGCAGCAUCAUUGGAAAGCCCUCCUUCCAGCCUUUCAAGCCCUCACUACAUCACACUGAAAUCUGUCAGGAAGGACUCAAGAGGAAUUGCAGAUCCCAAGCAAAGUGACAAUGUGAAUUUGAAACUGGAUAUCGAAAGUGGCUGAGCAAGACUAGGCUGAAGAUCCUCCGUACAGAUCGUCACAUCUGUGAUGUCUGCUAAACAGAUUUCCAUUCUUUCCCAAAUAUUCUUUACCUGUAUAGAAAAUGUGCAAGAGAAAUAGUAUCUUUCUGUUAGUAUUGAGUCAGAGAACCCACAACUUAUAGCACAGAAAAAUUGCAU